AUGACAAACUAUUUUUUUCGAAACGAGCCCGCUACAUUGUUCGUUAGGAGUCCGUGUUUCUACUUGUCACAUCGUUCUAAUUCCUAACCUGUCUAACACCCAUCACGUGACCUUUUCGUCACGUGGUCUUGUCCAUGUUCUGUGUUGUCACGUGACAGAGAAAGAAGAAAGAAAAGAUGAGACUCGGGGCCCGAGAAUCUCUCAAGCAAAUCCAGGACUUGCUCGCCCAGUAUGACGCCGAGGCAGACAAAGUAGUCUCAAUUUUUAAAAGGCAGGAGUUCAAGCAGGAGAUCAUCCAGUCUUUGAAGAUGGUGAGAAAGAUCAUCGAGACGUACGACGAGGAGAUCGCUGCCCUCAGGAAGAAAAGGCUUGAGAGGAAAAAUGAGCAAGCGAUGUGGCUGGAGAGAAUCACGAAGAAUGAAGAAGAGAGGAAGAGAAGACAACGGGAAGAGAAUGAAAGACUAAAAGCACAGAGAGAACAAAAGAAAAAGGAGAGAGAGGAGAGGCAACGCGCCAUGAGGAACCCCAACGCGUACAAGAAUGUUGUUCAGGAUGAGAGGAUAAGGUUCGCCAGGAUGACGGUUGAAGAGCUCGCUAGAGAGAAAGAAGAGACCUUGGCUAAACGAGCCCCAGCCAUCGAUCUUGAUUCCCUGACGUCGGAGGAAGCCAUGAAGGAAGCAGCACGUGAUCUUUAUGCUAAGAUCGUCAAAGCUUUCGGCAACCUCUUUGAUUUACAGGAGAAAGAAAAGAGACAGAAAUAUGAUAUUAAGGAACUCAAUACACGUAUCGCCGCUUUGCAAGCUGCUAAGGUGAAAUCUACAUCGGAUGGCAAGAUAAAGAAGAUAUCUCUACCGUUCGGAGAACAGGAGGCCGCUGAAUAGCCUGGUGCACUCAACGUCUUGUUGCCAUGAAUGAAUGGACGAGGAAAGAAC